CUUUCCUUCUCUUCCUCUAUGUCAUAGAUAUAGGGCAAUAACAGUCAAUCAUGGGCGCAGCUGGUAGUUCUUUGUUGUUUAGAACACUUGUAGUUUUGGGGUUUAUGUUGGUUAUAUCAAAUGGAAUCCAGCAAAGACAAGAUCACAAAACGAAGACGACGAUAACAGGUGUUGACCAUCGGUCUUGGACAUCAACGACGGCGGCAAAACUGCAGCAGCGGGAAGAGCAAGUGAAGGUCUUAGGCAAAGGGAAGUCGAGUGUGGCGCAUCCCAAGCAGGAUCUCAACUACAUGAGCAAAAGAAGAGUUCCUAAUGGACCCGAUCCUAUUCAUAACAGGCGAGCUGGCAACUCGGGACGACCGCCGGGACAAGCCUAGCCUCGGCAUCGAUGUACGUGAUCGGGAAGCUUCAAAUCAAUCCGAAGUGCUAAAAGAUCAACCAUUAAUAACCACAAAACCAGCAUGUUGUCUGCCAUAUAUCUUGUAUGUAUUUUUUUGUUGGAAGUAGGAUUAUAAAAUCAAUAUUGAAAUAUCCAAUAUUAAAGCUUGCAAUGCA